AUGCUUUGGGGUAUGGUCUACGCAAAUCACAGCAGUUAUUUGGAUGCUUCAGCUCAAUGUUCAAACGAUGGUGGUCGAUUAGCUUCCAUUCAUGAUGCUUUUACGAAUGCGCUGAUCCAAGACCUAGCUGAAAAAGCUGAUACUUUGGUUUGGCUAGGACUGAGAUGUCCCGAUGCGACUGUGAAAAAUUGCAGAUGGGAUGAUGGCCAAGGAGCACCAGAUCAGUACAACGCAUUUUAUCCAGGUAAUCCUAGUGGAAUUGGUGAAUGUGUGUUUAUGAUGAUCGACGGAGCACCGAGUGGCAAGUGGGUCACGGGAGACUGCAAUAAUAUGCUAGUUGGAUUCGUUUGUGAAGUAGACGCAAAAGGUUCGAUUUGUUUUCUUAGCACACUAACUCGGGAUUUUCUAUGAGC